AAUGGCGGAAGUUGUUGUUGGUGAAGUGAACGAUAACAAAAUUGAGAAAAAUGAAGAAAAGAUUAGCGAUGAGGAGCGUGCCGAAUGUCAGAAAGUAGUUAGCGAAGAGUUAGGUAGGGACGACUUUGUUAAACACAUCACCUCCGUUGGUGAUACGGUUAGAAAGAGUUGGAAAAAACAGGCUUGCGUCAGCUAUGAAAUUAAUCCAAACGGUUCAAAAAUUUUAAUAGAUCACGUUCGAAAAGUAAUGAGCUCUACCUAUAUGUUCGAUGACGAUUUUGAUAUAUCUAAGUGGGAUGUUUCGAAAACAAUGGGUAAUAUGGCUAAGGAAUUCUUUUUGGAGGCAUUAUUCCAUUUUCACAUUGAAAAUCAUCCAAAUAAAACUAAAACUAAUAUAUUUAACCUUCAUCCAGUUGGGUUUAGUUGGAUUUCUUAUUCUACGAACGAAGAGUUCAAAAAGGUUUAUUGGGAUCUAUUUAAUAAAUCUUGCGUGUAUAUGCGACAAGAUGAACAGCUGGAUAAAGAAAAACCAAAUUACGGUAGAUGUCAGAAAUAUGCUGAUGAUGUUUUGAAAGUUGAAAGCUCUCUUUAUGAAUUUUUUAUUAAUAAAUCGGGAUCUCCGAAUCAGAAGAUAAUGACUCUCGAUCAACUAUCGUCAAAAUAUAGUGAGUUCGAUUGGAGAUAUUUGCUGGAGAAUGAGUUUGAUGGAGCAAAAAUAGAUGGCAGUACUGAAAUUCUAGUUGCUGACGUUGCCUACUUGGACAUGGUGCAUAAAUAUACUAAAGAUAUGAAAGAUGAUCAGGAUACAAACAGAAUGCUAAAUAACUACAUUCUCUCAUGUGCCACCUAUUGGUUAAUGUUUCAUACAAGUCCAAAAUAUGAUCAACUAUAUUGGGAUGUUAUUGAAAAAGUAUGGGGAGAGCAACCAGAACAAACCCAAACUGAAUAUUGUAUAGAUUUAAUGAAUCAUUUCUUACCGGAAAUGUCCGCCUAUUUCCUACAAGGUCUAUUAUCGUACAAAAGUGAAGAUUUAAGACAAGUAGCUAAAACGUUAACACGCUUCCGCGAUACAUUUACAAGUCAUAUAAUGCAGUCCAGUUGGGCGGAUGAAAAAACAAAAGAUAACAUAAAAAAGAGGUUUCAUGAUAUAGAAAUUCACGUAGGAGUACCAGAGAAAGUAAUCAAGUCAGAUGCAAUUAAAAGGGCAUACGCUAAAUUAGACAUUCGACAAGAUCAAGAUCUAAUUACAAUCUUAAUAAGAAUAUCAGAGUUGACAUCAUCGUUAAGAGGAGAAAUUUAUAACUUGGGAAUUACGAACUUCAAUUCAAAAUUACUAUAUAAACGUAAUAUUGUUUUGAAAGGAUCCGAUCUAUAUGUACCAUUACCCGUUUUACAAAGGCCUUUUUAUGGAAAAUCUAGGCCUGGCGUUAUUAAUAUUGGAUAUUUAAAUGCUUUAGUUGGUCAAAAGUUGGCAAGUUUAUUAAGAUUCAAAGAUCUCUUUUUCGAUCGAAGAUCUACUCCAAAGAAUUUGUUUACAAAACAAAGUAUGACAAAUUUUAAGAAAAAAGCUAGUUGUAUUGGCGAAAGAUACAUAAACGAAGAUUUAAAAUUUCCAUUUCAUGAUGGGCCUAAUCUUCAAUUGGCUUUUGCCAACUUUCAAAAGAAUAGAGCGAAAGAAGAUACAUUACCUGGAAUUUAUUUGAAUUUUGAUCAACUAUUGUAUACGUUAAGCGUUCAAAGCAACUGUCGUAAGAUAACUUACGAAAAGCAUUUAAAGUUGUUAUUUCGUUGGGGAUUGUUAUUGCCCGAUGAAUUAUCAGUUAAUAUAGCUUUAUCAACUAGUCGACACUUUGCUAAAGUUUUCCAGUGCCCAGCAGGAAGUAAAAUGAAUCCACCUUGGUACAAUCGUUGCGAGUUGUGA